AGGACGACGACAUGCCACUUGCACUAAGGUUUGAAUCGCUCGUUCACUCCAUCACAUAGUCAUGAGACAUGCAAACUUUUUAUAGCAGAAUUUUUGUGUUUGCACUAACUCUCGAAGUCCCAAAAUUCUACUAGCAAGCUCGGGAUUUUUCAUACAUUUGUGCCCAAAGCAUCAAGGUAUAUGUCUUUACUCGUCAUGUAAAACGUUCCAGCUAUGUUCCGGUUUGUUAUUGUAAUGUGUGUUGUAAUCGAUGCGAUCGAGGUCACGAGAUUGUCUUCAAAUGGGUGAAUUUUGCGUUCAAUUCUUAGCUCUUAUCACUUGUGUACGUGUUUUAAUAAAAAAAUAUAGCAUGCAUUCGUGUAUGUCCAUGAAGAGACACAGCAAACCUCCAAGUAUAGAUUGUAUGGUGUGAAAUACAUUGCAAUGGUUCUGAUGUAUCAAAGCAGUCAUUGUGCCGGUGUUCCUCUCCGUGGCACAGCGCUUGAGCCUAAUGUGAAAUAUACCACAUGUAAGGUACUUUGCUUUAAACCACACAAUUUAAACGGCUACGAUCAGUUUCCUGUUAAUUUUUUUUUAUAAAGUCACAAAGUUCAGAACAAAGUUCAAACUUUACAAUCAACAUUAAUUCUGGAAUCCAUGUUUCAUGUCAUCCAAUCAAAUAUACGAUGGAACCUCCAUUAGGGAACUUUGGCGUCAAACUUUUCCAUACAAAUUCGAAAAUGCAUGAACACGAGAACAGUGAAUGAAACCUUUUCCAAAAUAAUGACUUAGAUUGGAAUUUUAAACGAAAUGUUAACUUCCUCUCGAAAGAAAUAAAGUCAAUGACUCAAAACUUCACUGAUGAGGAAGAAGAUAUUGAAACAGGCAAGUGCCGGAAAACUAAUCAUUUGUGUGGGAAUUGGGAGGAAGCUAAAGGGGCCAAACCAGAAAAUAUGGCCCAGGUCCUCGAGAAAGGUUCAAUCCGCCACCGAGACAAAAUGAUUUUCGUAGGAGAAGGAUAACUGACGUUAAAACGAAAUUCAUUUCUCGAUUCUCUUCGCAGCAAAGGAAAUCGGUACGGUUUCAUGUCACUAUUUCAAGGUUUAUGCGUAGCAUUAGAAAAUCUGAAAUAUACGCGAAUAUCAAGCUGUCUAAUCUUCGCUCAACAUGAUAAUCAACGCCACAUCAUCACCUCAGUAACAACGUUGACUUUAUGAACAACGCCAAAAGUUAAAAAUUCAUAGACAUGCAGCUGUUUGUUGUCCUUCGAUUCACUUGACUGAUUUGCCAUUGCUAGACGCCACAAGGGUGGUUUGGUAAACUUUGCAAUGAAACGUUCGUGACGAUUGUGGCUGUGUAACUGCAAAAAUCCUUCAGAAGAAAUGAAACGUUUCAAUGGCAAGUCUAAUACAAGUGAACCGCGAUUUGUGGUUAAUCUUCACAAACACAGCUGGUCACAACGUCAGAAAGCGAAGAAAGAGUUAAUUAAACAACGAACUCUGGAAUGGAAGGAGAAACAACUACAGCAUCAAUUGACUAGAAGCAAUUCUUUAUCUCAACACGCACCCCUAUCCAAAAAAUCCGGGCAAAGGCUGGAAUACCUGCACAAAUCCCCUCGCGGAAGUGGCAGUUUGUCGAAUUCUGUUGUUCCACAUACACAAAAGGAUACAAGCGAUAAAAGUGGGUCUGUCGAACAUUCAACAUUUGGAUCAUUUCCCCCAACUUUCUCUUCCAGUAGCUCAAAUACUAUUCCGUUGGCAAAACGUCGUCGCACUGAUGAAUUUGACUUUCCCCUAGUCAGUGCAAUUGGAUCGCUUAGAUCAGUGGGAAACGAGUUGGUCAGUUACAGCGAGCCGAUUAUAACAGACGUGACCUCAUUGAAUGAUCAAAAUUCGCGUGGUGAAUGCACUCUAAGAAAAAAAGCGAAACAUAUAGACAAAGGUGAUCAUUUACACCAGCUCGAGUUUGUGAACAGCAGUAGCACAGCAACAAAAGAGUUUCCUUUAGGAUCGGAAAGGUAUAUAUCGGACGUUGUGGGAUCACUGCCAUACACCGCGAUCACUGAUGAUCAUCAAGUCGCCCAAAUUAAUGGUCUUCUGAGCCUGCCGUCUAACCAGGACACGCAUCACAGUAUUACUUAUGGUGAGCUGAAGAGACGAUGUGGCUACCCCGAGUAUUUGACUCGUACAGACAUGGUUGCAUACAUUCGACAAUCAAAAAGUUCGGCUCGUUCUCUCCUGGACAAAUACCGCAUUAAGACCGGAAGCAAGACCUCCCAUCCGAACAUCAUGUCGAAAAUGUGCGAGAAAGAGGUUCAAGUCUUAAGUAAGGGUAUUCUUAAAAUGAACAUUGAUUAUUUUCCUAUCGACGUUUUAUCGCGCAUUGCUACUCAGAAGAUGAAUCGAAUAUCGAGUGAAAAUGACGAUUUUCAACAACAUUUAACGAGAUGUAGGCAUCAGGUGAACGAAAAGCUAGCAAGUAUUGACUCAACAAGGACAAUGCUGAAAGAAGUAUUCGAUCUUCUUCAAUCUGAGAGUGAUUUGGAUGAGAUGAAAACCUUUGAGUUGGCCAGCCAUACCUUUGGUAUUUCAAAUGCCCAAAAUCAUCUGUUGUUUUUUGACCGCUUUCUUCACGAGUAUCAAAACAAUCUCACGAUGUUCAUGAAAGAUUUGGAAUUUAAGUCUGAAAACCAUAAAAAUAGAUGACGGUGAUUAAGUUAAUGUAUAUCUUUCGUUUAAUUCAAUAUACAAAUGUUUCUUUCUUACGUAAAUUGACUUACCAUUUCCUCAAAGGAUUUUUGUUUGGUAAAAUUAUUGCUGUUUUUAUCACUUGUAUAACAAGGAAAUUGUUUUUUUUUGAAUGUUCGUUUUGAAAUAAAAUGCAAUUCUACUGUGUAA